AUGGCCGUCUCGAUGCUGCAUGCCCCGUCGCGGGCGUCGACAUCGUCUUCGUCGUCCUUCAUACCCGUCUCGCGCCAGAACACAAUGUCCUCACACGAUGGCUCGCGCUCCGUGCGCCAGUCGAAGCGCUACUCCGUGACCGCGCUGUACCUGUCCAUGUCGGCAAAGGACAAGGAGCUGGAGAUUGAAGACGACCUGGCCAGAGCCCAGAAGAUCCUCCGCGAACUCAAGUCCAAGAUCUCGUCGCAGUCGAAGAAGAACUUCGUGCUCGAGAAGGACGUGCGCUAUCUCGACUCGCGCAUCGCCCUGCUCAUCCAGAAUCGCAUGGCACUGGAGGAGCAAAACGAAGUUGCAAGCCACCUCGAAGAAGGCAUGGAGCUCCAGGAAGGUUUCUUCCCCAACGACGACAAGACGCAAAAAUACGGCAACCUGCUGUUCCUCCUACAAUCAGAGCCGCGCCACAUUGCGCAUCUCUGCCGCCUGGUCUCCAUGGCCGAGAUCGAUGCGCUGCUCCAGACCGUCAUGUUCACCAUCUACGGAAACCAAUACGAGAGUCGUGAGGAGCAUCUGCUGCUGACCAUGUUUCAGAGCUACCUCAAGGUCGUGCUACAAGAUAGGAUCAACUCACUAAUCGAGCUCAAGGACCUAGACCUCGAGAUCAACCCUCUUAAGGUCUAUGAGAAGAUGAUCAUAGAGCUCGAAGACCAGGGCAAGCUGCCAGCCAACCUACCCAGGGCCGUCACUGCAGAGCAGGCCACCGAGAAUGAGAGAGUGCAGCAGAUCAUCGCACCACGCGUAACCAUGUUGAUGGAGAUUGCCAACAACUUCCUCACUACCAUCAUUAAAGGGCUCGAGGAGACACCAUACGGUAUCCGAUGGAUUUGCAAACAGAUUCGCAGUCUGUCGAGACGCAAGUACCCCGACGCCCAAGAUCAGACAAUAUGCACGCUCAUCGGUGGCUUCUUCUUCCUCCGUUUUAUCAAUCCUGCCAUUGUUACACCGCGGUCAUAUAUGCUCAUUGACGCGACACCCGCCGAGAAUCCCAAGCGUGUCCUGACAUACAUUGCCAAGAUGUUGCAGAAUUUGGCGAACAAGCCAUCAUACGCAAAGGAGCCGUAUAUGGCUAAACUCCAACCCUUCGUCCACCAGAACAAGGACCGAAUCAACAAGUUCCUCCUUGAUCUCUGCGAAGUCCAGGACUUCUACGAGAGUUUGGAGUUGGACAAUUACGUGGCGUUGUCCAAGGAAGGAUUUGGAGCUGAGCUUGGCCCUGCGCCUGCUCAGCUCCCGCGAAAGGAGAACAGGGCUAUCAAUCUGCCUUUGUUUAGCAAGUGGGAGACACCUCUGGACGACUUUACAGCGGCACUCGACAUCACACAAGAAGAGAUCUUCUUCAUGGAGGCAAAAUCGACUUUUGUCAUGAUACUCCGCUCUCUGCCACCAAACAGCUCCAUCACCCGGAGACCGCUGCGACUGGAUAGGAUCGCAGAGGCAGCGGCUACAACCAAGAACGACUCUGUCAUGGUGAAGAAGGGCAUCCGGAGUAUGGAGCUGCUCAGCCAGCUUCAAGAUCUGGGUGUCAUCGACAAGGAAGACCAGUUCUCACUGCUCAGAGACGAAGUCGAGCAGGAGCUGGUGCAUCUCGGAUCAAUGAAAGACAAGGUCAUCGAAGAGACUCGAAAGCUCGAGGAGGUCUUCCGGACGAUUCGCGACCACAAUCUGUACCUUGUUGGUCAGCUCGAGACAUACAAGUCAUAUCUUCACAACGUCCGCAGCCAGUCUGAAGGCAAAACACGAAAGCAACAAAAGCACCAAGUUUUGGGACCAUACAAGUUCACACACCAGCAACUAGAAAAGGAGGGCGUCAUCCAGAAGAGCAACGUCCCCGAGAACCGAAGAGCCAAUAUCUACUUCAACUUCACAAGCCCACUUCCCGGCACCUUUGUCAUCUCGCUCCACUACAAAGGCCGCAACCGAGGACUACUGGAGCUCGACCUCAAGCUAGACGACCUGCUCGAGAUGCAAAAGGACAAUCAGGAAGACCUAGACCUUGAGUACGUUCAAUUCAACGUCUCAAAAGUCCUGGUGCUGUUGAACAAGCGCUUCGCACGAAAGAAGGGAUGGUAG